GCGGCGUGUUUUUAUUUGGACGCGGGUAAAUUUGGGUCGGCCUCCCGUUGGGCGCACCAGCCGACACAAUGAAAAAGCGGAAGCGCCCGUCCGCCUAACCGAUCCAAAUGAACAAAAAGCGGACAAAACGUGCGUCCGUUUGGAUCGGCGCGUUGGAGUUGUUCUAACUGACCAUAUCGGCAGUUAUUUGGUGGUUUCUCAAAUGUCAUGAACUUCAGAACAACUCAUUGCAUUUGCAUCCUCAUAGUGGUUUUGCCAUUUGGAUAGUGAUCUCAUCCUGUGCUUCAUCCAGUUUGCAUUAGCAUUUUCUUCCACAUCGGUCAAGGAAUAUUGCUGUUAGGAUGGCAAGUAUAAGUAUAGCUCCCUCAUAAUCUAAGAAAAAGGCCUAGGCUCUGUAGGAAUGCUGUGCGGACAUGUGAUGCAACCCAGUAUGGCAGCUGGUGAACAGGCUUUGAAUGCAGUUGGCAGACGUCUAUUUCAUAAUCUAGGAACUAGGAAAAAGGCCUAGGCUCUGGGCUCUCCCUAGGAAUGCUGUGCACACAUGUGAUGCAGCUGGCGUGAACAGGCUUUGAAUGCAGCUCUGGUAUGUUUGAGCAGGAUUUGAAUGUAGCUGGUGAACAUUUAUUUCACAUCUACAAGAGCUGAAGCAUUCAUUUAUUUCUACAGGGUUGCGAGUCUUCAGUCUUCUGACCACGUACUGCCUGGUUGCACAUUGAAGCCCGAUCCUUGCUGCAACUGCUUUACUCCCACGGCCAGAGCAAUCCACGCGAAGUCCGCUCCACAGUCGAUACCCAAGCGGUCUUCAUCCUUCGGCUCUUCCCUUGUGAAUCACGCCUCAAGUAGAUCGUUGGAGGUACUACGCGGAUCUGAAGGCUGCUGUUCUCUGCUUGGGGGUAAUGAGCGGGCUUGGGGGCGUGAUUGCGAGUGCCGUGGGGAGGCAAAUCGCCAGCAAGCUUGGUAGAUUUGCCUCAGAGGAGAUCACUCUGCAAUGGGGGUUCAGAAAGGAGGUGGCUGACAUGGAGGAGAAGAUGAAGGAUCUGGAGGCUGUGCUGCACGACGCUGACGACAAGUGUCGUCGAGUAGGAGAAGGUGGAAAAGUGUUUCAGCGGUGGCUCACAAAGUUCAAUCGCGCCGCCUACGACGUCGACGACGUGCUCGAUGAGCUGGACGCUAACGAGCUCAUCAAGAAGAGCCAAACCAAGGUCAAGCUAUGGUUUUCCAGGAACAAUCAGCUUCUCCAGCGGCUGGCCAUGCCCCACAAGAUGAAGAACGUGAGGAAGAAAAUAGACAAAUUAGUUAAGGAUGGCCAGGUGCUCAAUCUUAUGCCUCAUCAAGCACCGGCAGAAGGAAGCAGAAACACUGAAACUUAUGCAAUCAACAUUGGUGAAGGCAUGAAAACUGGAAUGGUGGGGAGGGAUAUCGAGAAGGAGAAGAUAAUCAGCCUGCUACUGGCAUGUGAAGCUGAUGAGGAUAUCUCUAUCAUUCCGAUUGUUGGGCUUGGUGGCAUAGGCAAGACAACACUGGCCGAAUCAGUUCUGGCAGACAAGAGGGCCGCCAUCUUCGACGUCUCAGCCUGGGUUAGUGUGUCCAAGCAGUUUGAUCUGCACAAAAUUGGGUGCGCCAUCAUGAGAAGCGUGAAUAGUAACAUCAGCCUUGACAACUGUAGUUUGCAGUUUCUUCAUGAUAAUCUGAAAAGGGAAUUUGCUACUAGAAGAUACUUGAUUGUUCUCGAUGAUCUCUGGGAAGAAGAUGGUGAAAAACUGGAAGAGUUGAAGCGAAUGCUACAAUAUGGCCGCAGGGGUAGCCGGAUUAUAGUAACUACCCGAAACCUAACCGUAGUGCAAAAACUGCGCACAGGUCUUCUUGCAAAUGGCAGGAACAUCCUGCCUGUGCCUGAGUCUCAUGAAAUCAGUUUGGAUGCUUUAUCUCCUGAUGAUUGUUGGGAGUUAAUGAAGAAAAGGGCAUUUGGGCCUGAUGAUCACCAAAGCAUCUUGGAGGAAAUUGGAAAGCAAAUAGCUAUGAAGUGUGGGGGCCUACCACUUGUGGCAAAUGCUCUCGGGCAAGUAAUGUCCGAGUUAAGGACCAGGAGGGCAUGGGAAGACAUAAGAGACACCAAGGUUGAUUUGGGUUUGAGAGAUGCUCAGCAAAAGAAAACACUAGAGAGCCUCAUGCUGAGCUAUUACUACAUGAAGCUGGACUUCAAAAUGUGUUUCACUUAUUUGGCGGCUUUCUCCAAGGGCUCCGUCAUGAAUAGCAACCAUCUAAUCCAUCAAUGGAAUGCUCUUGGAUACAUUUCUCCUGGGUAUGAUGGUCAAAGGUGCAUCAACUACCUUCUAGGGAUGUCAUUUCUUCAAAUUCCAGGCUCUCCUUCAGUUAGUCCAAGUCCAAUGCAUGCCGGAGCUCCUGGGGAGGUCAUCAUGCAUGAUUUGGUUCAUGAUCUGGCAUCAAUAAUUGCUGCUGAUGAAUUCAUUGAACUGGACGCAACAAACAAGUCCAACUGGAACAAAGCUCAUUAUUGCCGACAUGCACAGUUAACCAACUAUAAGAAGGAUUCCGAGGUUUUCAAAUAUCUGCCAGACAAGGGUAGAUCCCUCCAUUUUAGGGAUUUAGUGAAACUGCAACUCCCUCAGAAGGCAUUUUCUCGAUCCAAAUACAUACGUGUCUUGGACUUUGGGGGUUCAGCUGAAGUGCACUCUGCUUCAAGCAACGUAGUGCUUCCAUCUUCCAUUCAUCAGUUGAAACUGCUUAGGUAUCUUGAUGCCACGGGCUUGCCAAUCACAUCACUUCCUAAGUCAUUUCAUACACUUCAGAAUAUUGAAACUCUCAUUCUGUCCAAUUGCUCACUUGAAACCUUGACUGAUAAUGUUUGUCGCCUCAGCAAGCUUUGCUAUUUGGACCUAUCUGACUGUAGCAGCCUUAGUAAACUACCUACAUCGCUAGGGGAGCUUUCCAAACUCUCUUUCCUCAACCUAUCAGGGUGUUCUCUACUCCAAGAGUUGCCCGAAUCAAUCUGCAACCUUACAUGCUUAUGGCACCUAGACAUGUCAGAUUGUCGGAAGCUUCAACAACUCCCUGAUAAUCUUUGGCACCUACUCAAACUCUCGUUCUUAAACUUGUCAAGUUGUUUCAAUCUCGCCAAACUACCUGCCGAUGUUAAAUUCCCAUCUUUAGAGCAUCUGAACCUAUCAAGUUGCCAUGAGCUAGAAAACUUGCCAAAAGAUUUUGGCGUUCAUAAAAAACUUGAGUUCUUGAACCUCUCUGAUUGCUACAAGGUCCCGAUGCUGCCGGGCUCAUUUUGCCAACUUGACCAUUUGAAAUACCUAGAUCUUUCGGAUUGCCAUAAUCUCAAAGAACUCCCUGAAUGGUUCGGUAACCUCUUGGAGCUUGAAUAUUUGAACCUAACAAGUUGUUGUAAGCUCCAAAUAUUGCCCGAGUCAUUAUGCAAGUUGUCUAUGCUGAGGUGUCUAUAUCUGUCAUACUGUGUGAGCUUGACAAGGCUCCCUUCCUCAUUUAGUGACCUUAAGCUUCAAACACUAGACAUAAGUGGUGUAUUAUCUCUCCGUGACUUGCCAGAUAGCAUUGGUGGCAUGACUAGUCUCACCCAAUAUAUUGCUGAUCCUAUGCCUGCUACUUUGGCUGAAGAGUCUCGAGCCAUGAAGCAGAGUCUAGGUUUGUCGAGCUAUGUACACCAUCAUGUACACGAGAUAGACAGUGGAAGAUGUAGCAGUAUAGUGGAGCUUGUAGGAUUGACCUGUUCUGAACUGGUCCUGAAAGACCUUCAGAAUAUCAGGGACCCGGAAGAUGCUGACAGAAUGAAAUUGCGUGAUAAAUCAGAUAUUCGAAUAUUAGACCUUUUCUGGCAAAAAGAAGGCAGUGAAUCUGUCCUUGAGAGGCUUGUACCUCCCCGUACUCUUGAACAUUUUGGGCUAUAUGGGUAUAUGGGCAAGGAUUUUCCUAAUUGGAUGUCUCACAUGUCCUCCCACUUCCCUUCUCUCAGCAUACUUGUUCUCCAUGAUUUGGAAACAUGUGAUUAUCUUCCUCCAUUUGGAGGGCUGCCAAAUUUAAGAUGCCUGUUUAUGAUGAGAAUACCCAAGAUCAGGAAAAUUGACAGGGAAUUUUAUGGAGAGGGUGGGCCUUGUAUGAAAUUAAGAACGCUGCAACUGAUAUCGAUGGAGAAUUUGGUGGAAUGGUGGACAACAAAGUCUGGUGAAGAAAACGAAGAGUUUUUAAUCCCUAAUUUGCAUAAUUUGGUGCUCGAGAACUGCCCAAGGCUGAAGUUCCUGCCGUAUCCCCCAAGAAGUAUGAGGUGGAGCUUGGAAAAGAGUGAUCUGGCUUUGCCUGAACAAGGAUUUGGGAAGCUUUUGUCUCACACUCUUCCUUUUGCGAUGAAUAUAUGCAACUGCAAUUUUUCUGAGGACAAGUGGGAUGGACUUGAACACUUAUCCACCCUUGAAGAAUUUAUCGUUAACUCUGUCAGCAGCUUGAGGUCAUUGCCAGAAGUAAUUGCAUGUUUCAGCUCUCUCACAAGACUAUAUUUGGUGUCGCUGAAGGACCUGGAGAGACUCCCAGUUUGGUUGGGGUGCCUCGUUUCUCUUGAAAUGUUUUACAUCCGAGAUUGCUGCAACAUAACGUAUCUACCAGAAUGUAUGAAAGACCUCACUGCUCUUAGAGAGCUGAAGUUGAUAGAGUGCAAAGGCCUAAAAAGCUUUCCGGGAUCAUUGGAACAGCUGACUUCCCUUGAAGAAAUAUACAUCAGAGAUUGCCCCAACAUAACGUACCUGCCAGAAUGUAUGAAAGACCUCAUGGCUCUUAGAGAUCUGACGUUGAUGGAGUGCAAAGGCUUACAAAACUUACCGGAAUCAUUGGGGCAGCUGACUUCCCUUGAAGAAAUGUACAUCAAAGAUUGCCCCAACAUAAAAUAUCUUCCAGAAAGUAUGAAAAGCCUCACUGCUCUUAAAGAACUGAAAUUGAUACAGUGCAAAGGCCUAGAAGAAUUACCAGGAUCACUGGGACAGCUGACUUCCCUAGAAGUAAUUCACAUCAGAGAUUGCCCCAACAUAACAUAUCUGCCAGAAAGUAUGAAAAACCUCACUGCCCUCAGAGAACUGAAGUUGAUAGAGUGUGAAGGCCUAGAAGAAUUACCAGGAUCAUUUGGACAGCUGACUUCCCUAGAAGAAAUUCACAUCAGUAAUUGCCCCAACCUGACAUGUUUGCCUGAAAGCAUACACAGCCUCACCUCCUUGAAGAAGCUCCACAUUAGAGAAUGUCCAAGUUUGAUUGCAAAAUACGAAGGAGAGGAUGCACACAAGAUUUCUCAUAUCCCUACUGUCGAAUUAGUUCCAGAUGUACUUACAGCAUUUGGUCGUGUUAUAAAUGCCUUGGCUGGACUUCUUGAGGUGCAGGAGGGGAACAAUGUUGAACAAGCGUCUGGUUCUGGUUCCAGUUGGACCUGUGAAACAAUGUUAACAGCCCCUCAAGAAUGUCCUCAAAAUGUUGACGGGCCAUCCUGUAAGCUUUGACCGGUCAUUUGAAUCCAUAGCAUGCCACACGUGGUUGAGGCUGGCCCGUCCAUCCCGGCUGCAGAGGAGGGAACACCCAUAUCAUCCAGCUGGUAUGAGAAUGACUGACAUGGCAUCCAAAUGUUGCAUACCAUGUCAGUUUGAGCUUGGUUACCAAUCACCAUGCAUGCAUACAGGCUUAUAACAUCAAUGUUGGUUAAGCUCACUCAAGAUGACCUGCCAGAUUUUGUAGAAGAUCAAUUUGAGAUUCUAAUGUGGAAUCAAAGCUCAAUAAAGCCAGCUUGAAGUAGUGCCUGACACAGCUUCCUUGGAUUCUGUAGGAACACAUUCUGAAGGUGGAAGAACUCUGAAAUCAUGGCUAAUGUUGUCUCACUGCACUUGUUAAUUACUGUUUUAGAUCUGGAAGGACAAGUCCUGGCCCUGCACGAGGAGCCCCUGCUGUCCGAGUCAGCGCUGCAAUGACCCCGGUUUCUGUGAGGCCACUGUUGGUUUUGAAGGUGCCUGCAGGAAGUACUACCGGGUGGGCUGCCUUGGCAUCACGAAUACUGGUGACUCGAACACCAUGAAUACCACGGCUGACUACCACUGAAGACAAGACGACUCGUGUUACCUUAAGGCGCUGAUUGGAUUGGCGUUUCACAGCGACAUACACCUGUAAUAUAUGCGGACCUCCAUCCGUGGUUUUCAUUUCCAUGCAAAAAUCAAGCGUGGCCGGUGUUGUACACCACUAAACUAAAUACAAGUGUAUAAAAAUACACUGAUACCAAGCGGGAGCCUAAGUUAUGUCAGGUUCUUGGCACCAAAUGUCGGGUCUCCUGCUAUAGUUAGCUAUGUAUUUGCUGUGUUAAGUUGGGAGGUGCUCUGCAGAUAAUACUUCAUACCGAUUUUUAGAAGUAACUUUAGUUCGAUGGAGCAGGGUAGCUCCGUCUGCUCCCAGGUUUUAUCUCGGAUACGCAACUUGUUUAUUUCCAUGAAGCUAUCAUAGUUUGAAUGGGUAAGUUUGGUCCUUGUUCUGAGAUAGGAGUAUAUGCGAUCACUUUUCAUCA